AUGGGUUUCUUCGACAGAAAAAGCAAGGACUCCAGCCGUCCAGAAUCGGUGGAAGCCACCUCCCCUGGUGUGCUUGACCCUUCAGAAAAGCUCGACGAGGCACAGAUUCGUUCUGCGUCUGUCGUCUCUGGCGAUGAGAAGCCAGUAGCUGGAGUCGACUCCGACGCGACGCAAAACGAUGAAGAUACCGACAUUGUAUAUCCUGGUGGUUUCAAGCUCACCCUGAUCACUAUCGCUCUGUGCUUGGCGGUGUUCUGUAUAGCUCUGGACAACACUAUCAUCGCAACCGCCAUCCCGAAAAUCACCGAUCACUUCAAGGCAAUUGACGACAUUGCAUGGUACGGAUCCGCAUACCUUCUUACAACUUGUUCUUUCCAGCUGUUCUUCGGCAAGCUCUACUCAUUCUUGAGUUUGAAAUGGGUCUUCCUUGUGGCACUCUUCAUCUUUGAGCUUGGCUCUUUCAUCUGCGGUAUUGCUCCGACUUCAACAGCCCUCAUUGUUGGACGUGCCAUCGCUGGAGUUGGCUCAGCUGGACUGUUCUCAGGAGCCAUCUUGAUCAUUGCAAACUCCGUNCCCCUGCGAUCAAGACCAUCAUACACUGGUCUCAUUGGUGCCAUGUACGGUCUUGCCAGUGUGGCAGGUCCGUUGAUGGGUGGUGCUUUCACCGAUCACCUUACUUGGAGAUGGUGCUUUUACAUCAACCUGCCUUUCGGAGCCGUCACCAUGAUCUUCAUCUUCUUCUUCUUCAACCCUACAAGGAGCGCGAAGAAGCUCUCUCUUGGCUGGAAGAACCGCAUCAUGGACUUUGAUCCCGCUGGCACCGUCGUCUUUUUGCCCAUGAUCAUUUGUCUCUUGUUGGCACUCCAGUGGGGUGGUAGCCAAUAUCCUUGGAAGGAUGGCCGCAUCAUUGCUCUCUUUGUGGUGUUUGGCGUGCUCUGUGCCAUCUUCAUCGCCAUCCAAUUCUACGUCGGAGAAAAGGCCACCAUCCCACCUCGCAUCCUCAAGCAGCGCACUGUUGCUGCAAGUGCAUGGUUCGGUAUCUGUCUGGGUGCUGCCUUCUUCUUAUUCGUAUACUACCUUCCCAUCUGGUUCCAAGCAAUCAAGGGUGUCUCGGCCACAAAGUCUGGCAUCAUGUCUCUGCCUUUGAUCCUCGGAGUUGUCAUUUGUUCAGUGGUCGCCGGAGGCCUGGUAACAACCUUUGGCUACUACACACCCUUCAUGAUCGCCUCUUCAGUGCUCAUGGCUAUUGGGGCCGGCCUCCUCACCACCUUCAAGAUCAACACCGGCCACGCAGAAUGGAUCGGCUACCAAGCCCUCUUCGGCAUCGGUGUCGGCCUCGGCAUGCAGCAAAUCCUCAUCGCCGUCCAAACCGUGCUGCCCGCCGCCGACAUCCCCACCGGCACCGCCAUCGUCAUGUUCUUCCAAACACUCGGCGGCGCCCUCUUCAUCUCCGUCGGCCAAAACGUGUUUACCAAUAAGCUUGUCUCAGGGCUCAAGGCUGCUGUUCCAGACUUGAAUCCUGCCAUUGUGCUGCAGACCGGUGCUACCGAGCUCAAGAAUGCCAUUGAUGAAAAGUACCGCACUGGUGUGUUGCAAGCUUACAACGACGCCUUGACGAAUUCAUACUAUGUCGCUGUUGCGCUUGCCACGCUGUCCAUUGUGGGUUCAUUGGCUGUGGAGUGGAAGUCAGUCAAGGGCAAGAAGAUUGAAGUCAUGGCAGCAUAG